UUAAAACUGGAACAUUUUAAUUCUACAACUGUAAGGGGGAAGUCUGGGUUGGGUGGCAGCAGAGGCAGAGCAGAUCCACCAGUUCCCGGCUCUCUCCAACGACACUUCCUUCCUGGCCUUCCUGGACUUCCUUCCUCAAUUCAUAUUUUCAUACUCUCAAAGUCUCAAAUCAAACCUGAAACUGAAACCCCCAUUCAUUCAGGACUUCAACUUCAUUCAUCAUUUGAAUAAUUAAAGUGAAUCAGUCUUUUCCUCCUUUUCUCCAUUUCUCUUGUAUUCUCUCCAGAUUCUUCUCCUAAUCUAGUCCAUUCACUAGUCAGUCAACCAACACACACACACUCUCUCUCUCUCUCUCUUCUAAAUUUCCUUUCUUUCUUUUCUAUUUUCCAAAUUUCCAAUUUCCAAUUUCCAAAUUCCAAAUCUAGGAAGAGAGAGCAGAAGAAAGAAAAGACUAAAUCUUGCGUUGAGUUGAGUUGAGUUGAAGAUUUGAGAGUUCCAAUGGUGAGGCCGUCCGUCUCAGUAAUCAUAUACUCAGCAAUUGCAGUGCUUGUCCUCUUGCUCAUUUCCCACUCCCCCAAGAAACCCGGCAACCACCGCCACCGCCGCCUCAAGCUCCGCUCCAACUUCACCUUCUCUCCUCCCCUCCACCACCAUAACCCCAUCCCCUUCGACCCUCUCGUUGCCGACAUUGAGCGCCGCCGCGAGGACCGAAAGUGGGAGCAGCAGCACUUCGAUCAUGCCUUCAACGCCUCCCACCACUCCGCCCCCGCCGCCGAAUCUCAGCCCGAGUGGGAAGACUUCAUGGACGCUGAGGAUUACUUGAACGACGACGAGAGGUUCAACGUCACCAGCAGGUUGCUCUUGUUGUUUCCUAAGGUUGAUGUCGACCCGGCUGAUGGAUUCGUCACCGAGCACGAGUUGACUCAGUGGAACUUGAACCAGGCCCAGAGGGAAGUCUUGCAUCGGACUGAGAGGGAUAUGGAGCUUCACGACAAGAAUCUUGACGGCUUUGUUUCCUUUGCUGAGUAUCAGCCCCCGAGUUGGGCUCAGAAUGCAGAUAACAGUUCUUUUGGCUAUGAUAUGGGUUGGUGGAAAGAGGAGCAUUUUAAUGCAUCAGAUGCAAAUGGAGAUGGUCUUCUUAAUUUAACCGAGUUCAACGACUUUCUACACCCAGCUGACAGCAAAAACCCAAAGCUACUUACGUGGUUGUGCAGGGAGGAAGUAAGGGAAAGGGACACCGACAAAGAUGAAAAAAUUAACUUCAAAGAAUUCUUCCAUGGCCUCUUUGAUUUGGUGAGGAACUAUGAUGAAGAAGAUCACAAUUCCACACAUCAGUCUGAUGAUUCGAUGGAGUCCCCAGCUAGAAAUUUGUUCGCUCAGCUUGACAAAGAUGGUGACGGUUAUUUGUCGGAUGAGGAGAUACUUCCUAUUAUUGGAAAGAUACAUCCAUCAGAACAUUACUAUGCAAAACAACAAGCAGAUUACAUUAUAUCACAGGCUGAUACGGAUAAAGACGGGCGACUAACGCUGGGAGAGAUGAUAGAGAACCCAUAUGUAUUUUACAGCGCUAUUUUCAGUGACGACGAGGAAGAGGACUAUGGGUACCAUGAUGAGUUCCGUUAAUCUCAUUACUGGUUCUUCUGUCUUAUUGUUUUAAUAACAUUAUAGUUGCAGGACGCGGAAGAGUUCAAAAUCUUUGUUGUUGGUUUUGUUUUUGUUUGUUGAUAUGGAACUAGAUUAUCAGAUUAUGAGAGAGAGUGAUUCAACCUCAAGGGGGAUUGGUGCCCCAUGGCUGGCUCGGUUGGUUAUCUGGAGCCAUUUGGAAGAAGGAUUUAUUUAUUUGAUAGAGCUGCUUGACAAUCGUCCUACUCGCUGUAAACAUAAAUGUAAUAGGCAGACUGGUGAAGGAAGAAGAACAUUUUUAUCAUUGUUAUUUAAGAUUGUUUGGCAGUCAAGUCGAGUUUUACCGUGUC